AUGAGAGCACACCUCCUCCAAUUGAUUUUGAGAAAAGUUUUACAGGAAGGCCUGAGGGUGUCCAAACAGAAACUUCCUUCAUUGAACUAUGGAGGUGAGACUGAGAGGCUAUCAAGAAAUGGCUCUCAGGCUUCUGCAAGAAGUGCUACUGUUGAUGAGUGUAAAGCACAAAAUACCACAUUCACAACUGAUGACAAGAGUACUGAAUGCAGUACUUUAGAUGGAGGAACAGAGGAAAUGACUGAUACCCAAUGCAAUACUCAACUUGCUGAUCGUACGGGGUCAGCUCUGCUCUGA